CUCCCAGCACUUCGAUUGUGCCGGUCAAAGCAUCCGCCCCCCCUUCUUUGGUCCCUCUCCUUCUCCAUUAUUGAUAUUUCCCCUUUGUAGGGCCCCCUUUGAAUCGCAUUCGUGCAUCUUGUGCCUUGUGGGCUUGUAAUUCCGACCUCUCCCCCUACCUUACAUCUCCCCGCCGAGUGGGCACACCGUCAAAAUGGCUAUGCAGCUUGAUUUGUCUCAAGCCUCUGUGAUGAAGGAUGAACAAGGCCGGCCGUUCAUCGUUGUUCGAGACCAAGGCAAGAAGAAGAGACAGCAUGGUACCGAAGCCGUCAAGUCACACAUCGUCGCUGCGAAGACGGUUGCCAACAUUGUCAAGACAUCUCUGGGUCCCCGCGGUCUCGACAAGAUUCUUAUUUCUCCCGAUGGCGAUAUCACCGUGACCAACGAUGGCGCCACUAUCCUCGGCCAGAUGGAAAUCACAAACAACGUCGCCAAGCUUUUGGUCGAAUUGUCGAAGUCACAAGACGAGGAAAUCGGUGACGGAACUACCGGUGUUGUGGUUUUGGCGGCCGCCAUGUUGGAGCAAGCAUCGGAACUCAUCGACAAGGGUAUCCACCCCAUCCGGAUCGCAGACGGAUACGAUCAGGCCUGUGAGAUCGCCAUUGCACAACUCGAUAAGAUUAGCGAUGAAAUCCCGUUCACAAAGGAGGAUACCUCCAACCUGCUGAAGGUUGCCAAGACGAGUUUGGGUUCCAAGAUUGUUUCCAAGUCCCACGAUCAGUUCGCCAAGAUCGCCAUCGAUGCUGUCCUCUCCGUGGCCGACCUCGAGCGCAAGGAUGUUGACUUUGAGCUGAUUAAGGUUGACGGAAAGGUUGGCGGUGCUCUUGAGGAUUCCCUCCUUGUCAAGGGUGUCAUUGUCGACAAGGACUUCUCUCACCCUCAGAUGCCCGAUGAGGUCAAGGAUGCCAAGUUGGCCAUCUUGACCUGUCCAUUUGAGCCUCCCAAGCCCAAAACCAAGCACAAGCUCGAUAUCACCUCCGUGGAGGAGUUCAAGAAGUUGCAAGACUACGAGAAGGAGAAGUUCACAGAGAUGAUCCAGAACCUGAAGGAUUCCGGCGCCAACCUGGUCAUCUGCCAGUGGGGUUUCGACGAUGAAGCCAACCACCUUCUACUCCAGAACAAGCUUCCCGCUGUCCGUUGGGUCGGUGGGCCUGAGAUUGAACUUAUUGCCAUCGCCACGAACGGUCGGAUUGUUCCUCGCUUCGAGGAUCUGAGCCCAGAGAAGCUCGGAACUGCAGGACGUGUGCGUGAGAUGACCUUCGGUACCACACGCGAGAAGAUGUUGGUGAUUGAGGAGUGUGCGAACAGCCGUGCGGUCACAGUCUUUGUACGAGGAAGCAACAAGAUGAUCAUCGACGAAGCCAAGCGUUCGCUACACGAUGCUCUUUGCGUUGUGCGCAACCUUGUGCGCGACAACCGUGUCGUCUACGGUGGUGGUGCUGCUGAGAUUGCUUGCUCCAUCGCUGUCGAGGAUGCUGCUGUGAAGAGUCCUGGUAUCGAGCAGUAUGCCAUGCGCGCGUUCGCUGAUGCCCUGGACGCCAUUCCCCUGGCGUUGGCCGAGAACUCCGGUUUGAGCCCUAUUGAGACUCUAGCCUCGAUCAAGUCGCGCCAGGUUAAGGAGAACAACACCCGGUUGGGUGUCGACUGCAUGUUGACUGGCAACAAUGACAUGAGAGAGCACUUCGCCAUCGACCCUUUGAUUGGCAAGCGCUCGCAGCUACUGCUCGCCACUCAGCUGUGCCGCAUGGUUCUCAAGAUCAACAACGUCAUUAUUGCCGGUGACGAUGACCAGGAAUUCUAGAUUUCUUGUAUACAGGAUUUAUUUUAAUUGAUUAGUUCUGAUGACUGAAAAAAGAAUCCACCAUUGUUGGCGUUUUACAGUUACGACCACGGGACCUGGGAUGAUAAUUCUUUCUACUACAUACGCUAUAUGCUUCUCACGGCAGGGGUGAUUUCAUUGAAGUGGUGUGUAUGUGUGGUGUUUGCUAUGUUAUGUGAGAAUCAUGAGUUGGUACAUAGAACAAAAACCUAGCGGACAGGAAGAAAUAAGCAC